AAUUUUACGUCCCUGAAUUCUCCGGAGGCGCUGGCACGUGUAUAAAAGCUCUAGCAGUCGCGGUGGCUCGCACAGUCUGGAUUUACACAGUGAGAGAGAACGUUUGGAUUACAAACAUUAACAGGAGAAAUGACAAACGCACAGGAAACGACCCGGCGCGACGCCACUCCCUCACAGGCUGCUGCAGAUGCAGUGAGGAUGAGGAGAAGAAAGGCUCAAUGGCUGGUUUCAGGCAUGUUAAGUCUGUCUUUGCUCAUUGUAGCGAUGGGUAUCUACACCAGCACACGCACUGAGAGCAUUAGCAUCACAGGAUACCUGUCAGGAAUUAUUUUGGCGUUUGGAUCAUUCUUGGGAGUUCUUGGACUAUGCCUAGAGGAAAACCGCAAGCAGCUGCUGAUUGCAGCCAUUGUGUUCCUGAGUUUUGGUAUAAUUUCCAGUUUCCUGUGUCUUGUGGUUGAUGGCGUUUUCAUCCUACUCAACAUUGAUAUGCGUCCAAUGAAAGAAGGAAGAUGUCAGUUCUACACCAGUGGAAAUAGUUACAUCUAUGAGAACUACUACGCUACAGUUCCCUGUCAAGGACUAACAGAGUCGUGUAAUAUGAAAGUUCGCAGCGGAACGUGUUACUGUUGUGAUUUGUAUGAUUGCGCCAAUGGAGGAUAUCUGAACAAUUAUUAUGAGUUUGUGGGUGUGCAGAGCUGUCAGGAGGUCCUCUCUCUGUAUGUUCUCCUCUGGGUCCUGACCACGCUUAACCUGCUGGCCUUCGUGUGUGGAAUCCUGACCACUGCUGUACUGGGCAGUAUCAAAGACAUGAAGAGUGGGGUGGUCGGUCUUGAUGUGUCCCAGUGGGGAGGUUCAUCUCUAUUCUCUUUUGAUGGGACCAGCUGUUCUUCCCCCACUGCACCCCUGCUAAUGGACCCAAACUCACACGCAGGACACCAGCUCUACCCGAGGGCAUCGCUUUAUGUUUCUCCAGCAGCACCUGCUGCUGCAGGAUCUAGUGUAUCUCCAGGAGGAUCAUCAGAUACAUCUCAUGCACAGCCCAACCCUCCUCCCUUUGCCCCCCUUUACAACCUGCUACCCUACAAGACCUCCAGCUUCUCAGCUUAGAACAUCUGAAUCCAAACCGAAGACCUUUAGACUGCAUUCCCCUUAAACACAACAUGAAAUCAAAAUGGACUGUUUGCUUUCUGAAUAAAUGUCCGUGGUCUUAUUGUGCAAGAUUCAUCCGAGCAUGUUCUCAAGAAAAUGGCUUGUUUUCAUAAUCUUUCAUCAGAAUGUCUUUUUGCUUUCUUCACCUCUGUGAAAACAAUGGUGAAACAAUGUUUCUACUGCAAGCCUGUGUGGAUGGGAAAAUAAUGUUAACUAAUUGAAUUUUUCUACUUUUCAUGACCCAGUCAAACCUUGAUGGAUAAAUGAAGCCCAGCUCUACCUUGUUUUCUGGUGGAUAUUCCAUUUCAUUUAUAAAUAUGCCAUAUUAUAGACAUUUAUUGAAGAAAUGCAAUGCUAAUGCCAUUUCAUGUUGUCUUUAAAGGUCACGUAAGGCUGCAAAGUCUAGAUCUUGCUAUGGCUGUACAGUAAAUAUCUCAUUAUAAAAUAAAUGGCUAAUUAAAAAAACAAUAACACUAGAGGCGAAUUACAAUCAAUUUGAACUAACUUCACAGAGUAAUCACAGCUGUUCAUUUCGUCUGCUUGUUACAACUUGAGCACUUUUUGAAUGCAAGGGAUAAGAACAGACUUUCAAAAUGUAAUCUAGAUGUUUGUAUAUGAUGUGUGAAUAUGUUUCUUUUGAUAAACAUGAAUUGUUGUCUCUAUAUGUUUUUAUACUUAGAAGCGUUACUUCGAUAUAUUUUUGUUUUAUACAAGUCUUUUGUACAAGCUCUGUUAGAAGAAGUAGUUUAUAUUUUAUACCAAAGGCAAUGUUCUUAGCAGUAAAAUAAAAACAGCUGACAGCAGGUCAGUGUUCUGCUCAUUGUACUCCACUAAUGGACCUUAUUAGCUGACAUCAUGCAUUUUGAAUCAUUACCUACUUCAAUUACAAUGUCGUUUCCAUUACUGUCAGGUUUUAUACAUAUUCCAUGUGUCCACUAGCCUCUCUAAAAACAUAUGUAACAGUUACCAGAACAGGACAGAUUUCCAUUAGACUGGAUGUAGCGAGGCCAUAUGUUAUGAAACCGAAUGUUUUGUUUUAACGCAAUCUUCCAGGUUCAAAACAAGUGAAGCUUGAUGGACAUCAUCUGUGACGAGCUCUCCGUUAAAAUAAUUUAGUUCCUCGGUUUGUAAAACAAACAAAAAUCCUGUUUACAGCGAUGCAAGGUUUGUAAAUCAAGGUUUAGAUUUAGAAUUUUCAAAGGUAUAGGCACAAGUCUUAAAUAUCAUAUGCGUUUAUGAGACUAGAAAUAUAAAGUCACUUAGUAACCUUGCCUGUGAACUAGCAAUAUUUCAACUCCUGACAUGAGCAUGUAAAGCCUUCAAACCUUUUAUAUUUUCUAAAUAGGCCCUAAGUGCAAAGAUAACAGAAAGGGAUUGUUUGUUCUCUUCUCCAUUUUUGUGGUGACAACCUCCUUUGAAGGUUUUAUGUCGUUUUGAUUUAUGUUGCAGCGUAUUUAGCUUUAUGGUUUAUUUCUGAUGAAAGACAGACAGAGCUGGGUAGAUUACUUGCAAAUUGUAAUUUGUUACUGGUUCCAGAUUACAUGACAAAAAUUGUAGUUAGUAAUGUAAUCCAUUACUUUUAGAUUACUUUUGACCUAACUCGUUUAUCACAUUGAUUUAAAUAGUAUAAUCUUGUACCAUAUCCAUAUAAAAAUGCAAAGAAAAGGAAAAUAUAUUCUAUUUGUUGUUACUGAUAACAUGAAGUGCAUUAACAUAACAUUAUGUCAAGGUUUUCAAACUGGGGUUCGUAAAGGAACUGCAAGGGGUUUGUCAGUUUAAUGAAAAGUUAAUAGUUAAUUCAAUCACAAAAUUAAAAUAAAUCAUUUUAAAAUAACAUCAAUCAAAAUAAAACACUUACUAAAAAAUUUGCAAAUGUGAAACUUAAUUAUUAAACUAUUUAUUUUAAAAUCUCAGGGGUGCUUCAAAUAAAUCUAGUUUGGGAAUCCCUGCAUUACAUGUAAAUAAGAAAUAACAUGAAUUUGUGCAUUUUAAUGUGUUUGAAAGACAAAAGCCUUCCAAAGACAAAGUAAUACAUGAUUAAAUAACCCUCUGCGUGUUCAUCAGUAGUUGAUGUAAUGUUGAAAUGCUAAGAAAACGCUUCUCAAUUUUCUGUGUAGGCUAAUUACAUCCACCUAACUAGUGACUGGUAUUUUUGUGAAUGUCUGCAAAACUAGAAGUUUUCUAAGUAUACACAUAAGGCUCAUCAUAAAAUAAAUGGAUCAAAGAUAAUACUGCAGGGGGAAUAGGAAAGCAAUAGUUGGUCUAAAAUAGCUUUGUAUUGUUAUAGUGUUGGUAGUAUAUUAUAUGUAAAUUAUGUGUACUCUUUCUCCAUGUUACUCUUCUCAGAUAAAGUCCACCAGAUAACAUAUUUUGACAUCUUCAGGGCUUUUAUUAAAACUACAGAUUGUAUUUGCGCAUUUUUGUAUCACUGCCCAUAGACAGUGGGAUCCAGCAUUCUGGGUUAUGGGUGUUGAGGUUUCCCUGUCAUCAGUCCUGUGGUUGGCUAACAGAAGGAGUUUUAGGCGUCCUCAGCCCAUUGGAGGAACUGGAUCCAGCUGUGCUGUUGAUGGUUACAUUAUUUCCACAGAAAGCGUCCUAUCUCCCGAAAACUAUGGUCCAUCUCCCUGUGGGAAUGCAAGUGGUAUCCAGAUGACAGGCUUACUGAUACACCCAGGAAUAAGAAGGCAGACCUCCAAAACCGGGUAGAUGAACUUUGGUCAGCAGUCAGACACUUAAUUCCAUAAUUCCUGAAGAUGUGAUGGAACAGUGCUUUUGCAGUCAAAAGGGAAGUGGGGAGGCCCUUCAAUGGCACCAGACGUCUAAGACACAGGUGUUGGGAGUAUAAUGCCGGGAGAUCAGUGAUAAAAUCCACCCCUAGGUGUGACUAGAGACAGCGAAAGACUCGGAGAAAGGAUUAGAAAAUCCUUGGGCGUAUCAUUGUAGUCCCUGGGACAUAAAAGGCCAUCAAAAUCGGUUUGUUGAUGGAUCAUACCGUGUCCCUCCAGGCAUUGUGAGGUGCUUGUUUCCACUGUUGGGGAAAGUUACUUUUAAAAGUAAUACAUUAUAAUAUUGUGCUACUCCCUAAAAAGUAACUUUAGUUACUUUAGUUACUUUUUAAGGAAAGUAAUGCACUACGUUACUUUUGCAUUACUUUUUACUUUGCGUUCUUGGUUGUUCUUAAUAUAAAAACGUUUUAUUUUGGCAAAUGUAAAAACACUACAGUAGAGGGCGCAAGUGCAGUGCUGUAUCAGGUGAGCCACCAAGCAUGUUUGCCUACAUUAGAAAAGGAAUACAUAUGGAACUGGGUAUGUGAUGCAAACGUAAAAAUGUAUUAGUUUAUAAAUAAUACCCUAUGGAAAAUAUUUUUAGGCCUUACCUGUCACAGCUAUCAGCUGGUGUGCCGAUGCCAGCCAUCAGAGGGCACUCUACCCAGAUCAUUGUUUGUUGUUGACUUCAAUUCCCAUCACCCUUUGCACAGACAAUCAUGUUUCAUUGCUUUCAGCUGUUUGUAAUUUACCUAGUUAGCUCACCUAUAUAUACCAUGUUCUCUAAGCUUUUGGUUGCUGAAGCAUUGUGCUGUGUAUUUGUCACACCGUCUCCUGAGUGUUUUUGCAGGUGUUUUCAUUCUGGAUUGCCUUGCUUGUUCCUUUUUGCCUUGUGUUCUCUUUUUUUUUUAGGUCUUUG